UUUGCUUCAGGUAUACUGUAACAUCUCAAAGAUAAAUAACAUUAAAUUAAUGGAUUGAACAACGUCCUCUUCCUAUGCAGGUGGGAGUAAUUACAGUAAAUGAAGCCCUACUGUACUGUCAUGUGAACCGUAGACUGUUACUAUCAGCAGGUCCUACAAGGGUGUGAGCUGCUAAAGUAAACAAGGAUCAGCCCUCCAGCCUUAAGAAAACAGCAGGCGUCCACUUUAUUUCAAAGCUCCCUGUCGACUGUUUGAAUAAGGGAACUAGACGAAACGGAGCGAUGCAGGCGUUUUAACCUCCUGUCCGCUGUGUGGUCGGCUUCUUGUGGUAUUUGAUUUACUUUGAAGAGACCCAUUAGGCAGUUUAUUACCAGGGACCAAGCCUGUCUUAGUUACACAAAGAGGUCCCUUAAAGCCCUUCGGAAUGGAGAAGAAAGCUUCGACUCUAAAGGCGGCGAUCAAGAAGCAUCGUCCCAAGAAGGAGAAUCUGGACCCUCGAAAGUGGAUGAGACAGGAGACUGUGAAGGGCUUCGCCGACUUCCUACUGGACAGGAACUCGGACAAAGACACAGACGACAGCUUUGACAAUAAAGAAAUGUUGCUGGAUGCAGAGAAGCAGUUUAUGGAUGCGGCUAAGAGAAAUGAUGUGGUGGCCAUGAAGAGUCUUUGUAAAGGCCUGAAUGCCAAUGCAAAGAAUGUGCAUAACAGGACCGCCCUCCACUUCGCGGUGGCCGGCAAACAUAAGGAGGCCGUGCAGUUUCUCCUACAGCGCAGGGUCAAGGUGGAUCAGAUGGACAAGUAUGGAGUGGCCCCCAUUCAUCUGGCCGCCUGGUUCGGCAGUUUGGAGAUCCUGAAGUUAUUAGUGCAGGCUGGUGCCGAGCAGAAGGUGGAGAACGAGGGAGGACUAAACAUCAUGCACUGUGCUGCCAUCAACAACCACACGGACAUUGUGGAGUACAUUGUUAAUGACCUGCAGAUGAAAGAACUAGACAAAGAGGACCAGUCAGGGCAUCAGGCAUUUGCGUUGGCAGCAGAGCAUGGCUGCGUUCAGAUGCUGGAGAUGCUCAUGGAGCCGUACCAAAUGGCCGCCAUGAAGCCCAACAAGAGAGGGGACACGCCCCUGCACUUAGCUGCCAGGAACGGCCACUUGGACGCCGUCCAACUGCUGCUGCAGAGCUUUGAUACUCUGGAUGAAGUCAAUAUGGAUGGGGAAACAGCUUUGUACCAGGCUGUAGAUAACGGACAGGAAGAGUGUGUUCUCACUCUGCUUGAGGCAGGAUGCAACCCCAACAUCCUUACAACGGCCAAAUGCAGUGCUCUCCAUCCAGUGGCAGAACGAGGAGACACAGCUCUCGUCCAGCUCCUUUUAGAGUAUAAAGCAAAUCCAGACUUUCAGAGUGAGCACCUAGAGGCCCCCCUCCAUCUGGCAGUGAAAAACAGUCACAUCCCCGUGAUCCAUUCUCUCCUGAAGGCGGGAUGCAACGUUAACAUCACAGACAAGAGGGCCCAGACUGCCAUGCAUUUUGCUGCAGAGUUGGCCAAAAUUGAAGUGGUGGAAAUUCUUCUUAAAGCCGGGCCGGAUCUGACUCUUCGGGAUCGACAGGGUAAAACGGCUCUGGGUGUGGCGGCGCGAGCCAACGAGGCCAUUAUUGUGGACAUGAUCAUAAGAGCAGAAAGAUACUACGCCUGGAGGACGGCCAACCCUGAGCUUAAUGAGACUGUUCACAAUGAGCAUCCACUCACGUUCAAACUCGACCACCGCUUUGAAACCAGGCAGUUUCGCUCCACGGCCUGGUAUCUGACGUAUGAGCUCUUGAAGCCAGGAGACUGGAAAAGACUGGCGGGACACUGGAACUUCACUAAGGAGCAAGUGUCGGCCAUUGAGGAGCAGUGGACAGAACAGCACAGCUACAGGGAACAUGGGAACAGGAUGCUGCUGAUCUGGCUCCAUGGGGAAGAGAUGUCUCAGAAGAACCCUGCCAAGGAACUCUUCCAGGGCCUCACUGCCAUAGGGAACAGAAAAGCUGCAGAUAAGCUUCGGACAGAGGCUGAUCGUGCCAACAACCAGAAGAGUUGCAACAUCUCAUGAUGAGCACUUCAACAUGUAGACUGAUAAAAUUAACUCCAUGCUUGUAUUAUUUUAACUAGUUUUUACUAGAUGUUAAGAGGAACAUAAUUUAUUUCAAAAUAAAACUGUCAGAAUAUUUUUAUGUCUCAUUAAUUUAUGGCUUUAAUUUAGUAAAAGCAGACAACAAGCAGUAGUUAAUCAGUCUGAAAAAUACUGACAACACAUAUGUUUAAAAUGUGAUUGUACACAUUACAUUAUAGUCUCACUGUUAAUGUAAAAAACAUUCUUUGCAGAAAUGCAUUUCUAUUUUCAAUUAAAACUAAACUCCAGCUCCUAACCUGCUAUAUG